UUUUCUCGGAGCCUCUUUAGAGCGCGAGUACAAUUUUGUUGUCUAGUGCUUCCAUAUUGAGCAUUGGUUUGUUUGUUGUGAUCAGUAGUGAGGAAAAAAUUAUUUCACGUCAGCAUGUACAAAGUUGACUCUUGGUCUCACAACAAAGCUGAUUUGAAGAAGUGUGAUAUGGUAAAACAAUUUCCCUGACAAGAAACGGUUCAAUAGUUUGCCUGAAUAAGUGCAUCAUUAGUUCCUUUCCAAUGAUCUUGAUCAUUUGAUGUCUUUUAAUGGUCUUUUGAGGCUGGCUUCGAGAAGCUUUUCAGCCAUCAAGAUUCAAAAGAAUCUCACUAGAAAAGCGCAAAUUCCCAAUGCGGUAAUUCAGGUUGCCGAUUUUGAGGUGACCAAACUCAACCGGGAAAUCGAUCCCCCAGCGUUAGACACCUUUGCGCUUUUCUGCAUCUCAUUUCACAUCUUGCAUACACUGGGCCACGUAAAAGUGCAUAGAUAAAUUUGUUCGUAACCCAGACACGCUCGAAAUCUUGCAGUUGUACACCAACCCUUUACAAGUGGCAUGCAAAGUUCAUGAACUCAGAGUAAACAGAGCUUUCUUAUGAAGAUGAGGAAAAUCCAGAUGUGUACUUUGG